GAAAAAACUCUUGUUAAAAAAUAUGUAAAGAAUAAAUUAUAUAAUAUAUAUAUUAUAUUUGAUUUUAUGUUUACAGUUUAUGGGUUGAUAUAUAUUUAGUGGGGGGUGGUAUUUAGGAUUUAGGUUUGGGAUAAUUUUGUCUUAAUAAAUACAUUUUUGAAAAUUUUAAUGCUAUUUUAUGAUAAACAUUUUUAAUAUCAUCUAUGGAUUUUGCCCAAAAAUAAUAUAAUUCCUUUACAUUAAUAGCUUAUUAAAUACGAUAAUUUUCCGAUAUAGUUAUUGUAAACUAAUUAUAUAAUUACUGAAUGAAAAAAUUGUAAAACAAAACAAUUCAUUCUAUAAAAAAAAUUGUGUGUUUUGUAUAUAGAACCUUAAUAUGGAUUAACAAGAAAGAAAAAAAGAGGCCCAAAUAAAAGCCCUGCUUUCUAGACUUCCCAGAUAGAUCUCUAUAGAAAGAAACAAACAAUGCAGUCUCCUCCUAUCGUAUUAAACUUCUCCGCCUUUCCCCACCCACGCGCCGCUGCAUUAGCCACCACCUCCUCCAACGUAGCGACUUCACAUUCUCCGUCGAUAAAAUUUCACUAUACCAACGCAUCUCCAUCCUCGACACUACUUCUAGCUUCUUCUUCUCGUAGAUGUUUCACCUGCCGAUUUGGCAACGAUUCGAACGACGACGACGAUUAUUGUAACGACGAUGAGACUGAAACAGAUGAUUAUUCGGUUGAUUUGGUAGGUGAAGAUGGGGUUCUCAUCUCGGUGGAGAAGCUUGAUAAGAGCUCGCGGCGAAUCCGUUCGAAGAUUGGAAUGGAAGCGAGCCUCGAUGCUGUGUGGAGUGUUCUGACUGAUUACGAGAAGCUGUCGGAGUUCAUACCGGGUCUUGUCGUCAGUGAGUUGGUGGAGAAGGAAGGCAACCGUGUUCGUCUUUUCCAGAUGGGGCAGCAGAACUUAGCAUUAGGUCUAAAGUUCAAUGCCAAGGCUGUUCUAGAUUGUUUCGAGAAAGAGCUUGAGAUUCUACCACAUGGGAGGAGACGUGAAAUCGACUUUAAGAUGGUCGAAGGAGAUUUCCAGUUGUUUGAAGGCAAAUGGUCCAUCGAACAAUUAGACAAAGGGGAGGCUUUGGAUUUACGGUUUAAAGAUUUUCCGACCACGCUUGCAUACACUGUGGAUGUAAAACCAAAGAUGUGGUUACCUGUACGGCUAGUUGAAGGGAGAUUGUGUAAUGAGAUCAAAACAAACCUUUUGAGUAUUAGAGAUGCAGCUCAGAAAGUCAUUGAUUGUGUUAUUCAUGAUCUUUGAGUUUUCUUUUUCUCUCUUUAGCCCACGUUGAAGUAGUGUUUCUACUUCUCUGCACAUUUUUCUCACUUGUAUAUUCUGAUCUAUAUAGUCUUUGAAUAUGCCAAGUUUUUCCCACAUGUGAUUGUAGUAUACCAAUCAGAGAUCGCAAAAUACUUUUAUUAAACCGGAAUUUGAUUUGAAAUUAA